AGAGAAGUGUGUUUGCUGGAGAUUAGCUUUGUUUUCCAGUUAUCUGAAGCAAUUAACCUGCCUGCACGGCGUGGGAUUAAACUGCUUACAACACAUUCCGCCCCGCCAAAUAUCUGCACCAACAUGGCCGAAAGCUUCCAGCAUCCGCUCCAAUGCAUGCAAUUUGUCAAGAAAAAGAAUGGCGACUCUAGAAAUGUGCUUGUAGCAUCCGCCGGCGCAAAGCUGUUCUCUUAUGCCGCAGGAUCUGGGCAGCGACUCUCCGUUUGGCCGCAAGAUGGUGUGGAUAAUCCCAAUGCAGACAGUGCUAGAUCUAACCCAGAGAUUGAAGGCCCUCCUGAGAAAAAGAGAAAGGUUGAUCCAUCUUCAGAACAGAAGACUGGCGUGGAAUCUACAAAGAAGCCCGCUGCCUGGACGAACAUACCCAUUGUGACGUCCACAUCUAAUGGUGAAUAUCUGGUUGCGCUCACAGGAGAAGACAAGUGCGUCCGUGUCUUCCAAAUUGAGGAGGACGGUUCAUUCGUGCAAUUAAGUGAAAGGCAAAUGCCCAAGCGGCCAUGCGCCAUCACAUUCAUGGAAAACAACAACAUCCUAGCUGGCGACAAGUUCGGAGAUGUCUAUUCCAUGCCAUUAAUUCCCAGCGCUGAACCACGCGCUGUUUCAAAAACUCGUAACCAAAUUGGUUCCAUGCGUAUUGCUGCCACAAACCUUACUGUGCAUACCCAGCGCAAUCUCAAGUCACUUGAAAUGCAAUUAGAGCGGCAGAACAACGCCAAUCUGAAGAAGACGGAAUCUGACAAGCCCAUCUUCGAUCACGACCUGCUCCUAGGCCAUGUCUCCCUCCUCACAGAUGUCGCCUUUGUCUCACUUCCUUCACCGGAUCCAUCAUCUACCAAUAAAAGAAGCUAUAUUCUUAGUGCUGAUAGAGAUGAGCACAUUCGCGUCUCUCGCGGCCCUCCCCAAGCACAUGUCAUUGAGAACUACUGUCUCGGACAUAAGUCAUUCAUCUCAAAACUCUGCAUUCCCCAAUGGGCACCAGAAUUCCUCAUAUCUGGCGGCGGCGACCCGCAUCUCAUGGUCUGGAACUGGGCAGCUGGCGAACUCCUACACACAGUACCCCUCGCCGAGGAAUCUCCUGAAGGCAAGGAGGUGGCUGUUCGCGGGAUCUGGCCGGCCUCUCUUGGUUCAGAAGCUCAACGGUUUAUUUUUGUCUCCCUGGAAGGAAGCCCAACCCUACAAACGUUCACCCUCGAGGCCAAUGGCUCAAUAACACCGCAGGAGCCUAUCAAGACCUCUGGUAACAUUUUAGAUGUUCAAGUUACCGAGGAUACCAAUACGGUGCUCGUCUCAAUUGAUUGCAUCCGUGAGGCAGGAUCAACACAAGAAUGGCGAUCUAGCCCAGUUCUUCCGGCUUCUCUGCUUGAGGCAUUCCGACUAAAGCAAGGUUCUGGGAGCAAGUUAGAAUGGGAAUCUAUUUCGGACGCAGUGAUCAACGCCAUCAAUGAUGCGGGGACGUCAUCCGUAUCACUGUCCGCGGAUGGUGAUCAAAAACAGAAAACCGCGCUGAAUGACUCUCUAUAUACCCUGGCAAACCUCAGGAAGAAGUUUGGCGAAGAUAAUGAUGAGAGGUAAUAAGCGCGUUCUGAUGAUUUACGGAUUCCAACGUUGUACAUGUAAAUAGAUCGAUAGAGGCUCGACGGCUAAAAUAAAACGAAGUAAAUAUGGCAAAG